CAGUAAAUCUACAGCGUAAGAUUAGAUACAAAAAUCGGCGAUUUCUUGAUUUCUCCCAAAUGGCCGCCGAGGAACCGACAGUCGAGGUAGGCGCAGCGUCGGAGACGGCGGAAGGAAAUCCCGGAGAGACCAAAGCCGCUACGAAAUCCGGCAGAGCACGGAAAGCUAAAGAAUCUAAGCCAAAGAAAGCUGCAGCUCCGAAGAAGCCACGAGCAUCUUCUACUCAUCCUACUUAUGAAGAGAUGAUAAAGGAUGCGAUUGUUAGCUUGAAAGAGAGGACGGGUUCAAGUCAGUACGCCAUUUCUAAAUUCAUAGAAGGGAAACAGAAGCAGCUUCCUUGGAAUUUCAAGAAGCUUUUGCUCUUCCAUUUAAAGAAGCUUGCCGCCGCUGGGAAGUUGACUAAGGUUAAAAAUUCGUAUAAACUACCUCCGGAGAGCUCUUCGAAGCCGGCGACUACUGUUUCUGCUCCGGCCAAAAAGAAACCAGUUGCUACUAAGGCGAAGUCUAAGCCUGCUUCGAAGGCUAAGGAAGGGAAGAGUGUAAAAUCUGGCUCUAAAGCUCCGGCUAAGAAGAACACUCCUAAGCCCAAGAGCAAGCCGGCGGCCAAACCAAAGGCUGCUCCUAAGGCUAAGCCUGCUCAGACGAAGACUAAGGCGGUGGCUUCUGUGAAGCCGAAUAUUACUCCGGCAGCCAGGUCGAAGGCUGCAGCCAAGCCUAAGGAUAAGCCGGUCAAAGCUGCGAGGACUUCGACAAGGAGUACUUCUGGGAAGAAGGCGGCUCCUCCUCCUCCUCCUCCUCCUAAGCCAGCUGCAAAGAAAGCUCCGGCGAAGGGCGUUAAAACGAAGAGUGUCAACUCACCGGCAAAGAGAACCACGACGAGAAGAGGAAGGAAAUGAAAGAAAGAGAGGCUAGUCAUUAUGGGGGUGGUUUUGUAAAUUCGAGUGUUGCAGCUUAGUGAAUGUAUUUGGGUCAAUGUAUUACCGA